GAGUUCCAUCGAGUUCAGUACUUUCUCCCUGCGCUUACUCUUAGCUCAUAUUCCAGCAAGACAAACAUGAACCUGCCAGAUUCAGUCUCGCUUCUAUCUUUUCUCUUUUCCAUAAACGGGGUCCUCUCUGGGGAUAAAGGUACAAUCUGCCAAGGCUCGAAUACCGCCAGCUACUCGCUCACUUUCCACGCGGAGUGGAACCCCACUAACUUCCCAAAGCAGUACCCUACCCACCGGCCCCCUGCGCAGUGGUCUCGGCUCUUCGGCUGCACCCAUGGGUCAAAGGAUGUGAUCUGGGCAGAUGGGGCGCUGGCAUCCCCCGGAAUGAGAGCCUUUGUGGAGGAGGGGAACCCCGAGAUUCUGGAACAAGAGCUAACAGCUCCAGAGUCCAGGACACUGCGCUGCUUCCAGACAGAGGCUGUCUGGAGUGGAGAGGGACAGCAGAGCACUGUGAUCACUGUCGAGCCAGCCUUACCUCUGGUCUCAGUAUUGGUGCGGAUAGUUCCCAGCCCAGAUUGGUUUGUUGGCACCAAUAGCCUGCAUCUUUGCAAGGGUGGUCAUUGGAUGGAGUCUGUAGCCUUUGACCUCUUUCCCUGGGAUGCAGGAACAGAUAGCGGCUUUGUUUUCUCCUCCCCAAAUUUUGCCACCAGCCCACAGGAGCCCAUCUCCCCCAUAACAGCUCAGAGGCCCUCCCACCCUGCCAACUCGUUUUACUACCCCCGCCUACAUACCCUGCCCCGCUUAGGGUACCUAAAACUCCACCUGCUGGCCACAACUUCAGCCAACACACCUGGGGAAGGAACCAAUGACACAGAAGGCAUUGUUUGGAAUAAGACUAGAACCUGGACAGCCAACAUCACAGAGCAGAACAGGGAGACAGAUAAAUUACACAACAUAACUACAGACGUUAUCUAUAAUCUGGAGAAUAUGGUAAAACAAGAGUCACCCAAACCUUAUCCCAAAGGCACGCCUCUGGACUGUGAGGUCUCUGAUUGGUCACCCUGGAGCCUGUGCAGUCUUACCUGUGGAAAGGGCCUGCAUUGGAAAACACGGUAUGUCCUGCUGCAGCCCGCCAAUGAUGGCAAGCCCUGCCCUGUGCUGCUGCAGCAGCAGGAGUGUGAGGAGCUUCAGUGUCCUCCGAAGCAGCUCAGAGAGCCAACUACCUCUGGAGCGCUGAACUCUACAGUGGGAAACAACACUGACCUCCCAAGUGCUGUGGAUAUCCCACCUCAAAAUGGAACCCUAGUUUUCAAUGGAUCCCUCCAGGGCAGCAAUGAUAAAAAUACUUCUGUGAGGGAGCCAGCCAGUACUCGCACACCCCUAGAUGUUCUGUUCACAUCCCAAGUCCCAUACACAUACACCCCAAGCCCCUCCCAUCGGACUGUAACCUCACCCACUCACAAUUCCUCUGGUCGUGAUACACAAAACACUCCAGCAAUGCUGGUAACUCCUCCUGUCAUCACAUCCUUCAAAAAUGAUUCACAACCCUGAUCUUUCAAUAACACCCUCUCCUUAACAUACAUACUGUAUGUCCUGCCACAACUAUAUCCCUAACACUUCUUACAAAUUAACAGCAUCCACACACCC